AGAGGCGUCUCCUCUAUGUUUUAUUUUUAAUGUCCGGCCACUAUAAACUAUCGCUGCCUCGCUGGUAUUUGCUUCCCCUAUCCUCCCUCCCCCCAUGGCGUCUCAAAUCCUCAGACGCGUUCUUCGUAGCCGUUCAGUUGAACAGAUUUCAACUGCGUUGAUCGAAAGCCCUAAUUCCAUUGGGUUUAUCUCGUCUCCUGUUCGGACUAUUUCAACCUCCGCUUCAUCCACUCAGCCGAUCCGAGCGACUCUGUUUCCUGGCGACGGUAUCGGGCCUGAAAUUGCCGAUUCCGUAAAGCAGGUAUUCAAUGCAGCUGAAGUGCCUAUAGAAUGGGAAGAACACUUUGUGGGGGACAAAGUGGACCCCAGAACAGAGAGUUUUCUGACAUGGGAGAGUUUGGAAUCAGUUCGUAGAAAUAGAGUUGGACUGAAAGGGCCAAUGGCUACACCAAUUGGGAAAGGACACAGGUCUUUGAACCUUACUCUAAGGAAAGAACUUGGUCUUUAUGCCAAUGUCAGACCUUGCUACAGUCUCCCUGGCUAUAGAACUCGAUAUGAUGAUGUCAAUCUUGUCACAAUUCGGGAAAAUACUGAAGGAGAAUAUAGUGGCCUGGAGCAUCAAGUGGUAAGGGGUGUAGUUGAGAGUCUCAAGAUCAUUACCCGCCAAGCAAGUCUGCGGGUGGCUGAAUAUGCUUUUCACUAUGCCAAGACCCAUGGAAGACAGAAGGUGUCUGCUAUACACAAAGCAAACAUCAUGAGGAAGACUGAUGGUCUUUUUCUCAAGUGUUGCCGUGAGGUUGCAGAAAAGUACCCUGAGAUAACCUAUGAGGAGGUCAUCAUAGACAAUUGUUGUAUGAUGCUUGUUAAAAAUCCGACACUCUUUGAUGUACUAGUGAUGCCUAAUCUCUAUGGAGAUAUCAUCAGUGACCUCUGUGCUGGUUUGAUUGGGGGGUUGGGUUUGACUCCAAGCUGUAAUAUUGGUGAAGGGGGCAUUGCUCUGGCAGAGGCUGUGCAUGGUUCAGCACCUGAUAUAGCUGGGAAGAACCUUGCAAACCCGACGGCUCUUCUGUUGAGUUCCGUGGCAAUGCUACGCCAUUUGGAACUGCAUGACAAAGCAGAUCAAAUCCAUGACGCCAUCCUCAAAACCAUAGCUGAUGGGAAAUAUCGAACAGUCGACCUUGGAGGCACUUCGUCAACAACAGAUUUUACCAAGGCGGUUUGCAAUAAUCUUUGAUGUCUUUAAUUUCAACCGAGGUGGUGCCGACUAAAUUGUACAUCAAUGCAGAAUAAGCGUGAUCAUAACUGCUCAAGUACUUUCACCAUUUACCUUUCUACUCUUUAUUGAUCUUAUAUAAGCUGGAAGCCUGGAAUUGAACCCAUGACUCCAUUGGUUGGUCCAGAAUGAAUUCAAUUAUUGAACUACAGACUAGACCCCAUCACAUUGCCAUUUUAUUCUAUUUGUUUGGUUCUACCGACGUGGUUAGAAAGCUUUGAGAUGUUUGCUUUGGCUUAA